CAUCCGUGGUCCCCGGGCAAUCCGCCCACAUCCGCGCCCCGCGAGCCGCCAUCGGGCCGGGCGCCGUCCUGGCCGCCCCCGGGGGGCCCGCGGGCCAUCAGUGGGUUUUAAGCAUCAAGAACAACUCAUGGAGUGAGGAAUAUGGAGAACGAAUCGACCCCAGGGAAAGCACCUAGGCGAAAUGAAGAUGGAGGAUUUGUUCCCUCGCGUAAUUCAUUAUCGCGAGGGAUUUCCUCUAAGAGUGUCUCCGGCCAAGUCAUGCCAGUUGUUUCAACCAUCUCCUUGGAAGAGAGCAAUGGAAGUAACUGCUCUGACUCGGGGAGCAGCUUGUUUAGAACGCAGAGUGCUGCUGCCUUACCCAAGCGACGGCUUCGAAGUCAAAGCUCGAGAAACUCGAUUAAGUCCGUGGCAGAGAAACCCGUGGCAGACUCUUCAAGUGAUUCCUCUUCCGAAAUGAGGCUCCCGUAUGUUUUGAGAGCCGACUUUAAAUGCCGCCAAAAAAGGAAAUACAGAAAGAAAAAAUAUAAGCCAACAGGAAACCCAAGAGGAAGACCAAAAGGAACCAGGGGGAUCCUCAAUAUCCACACUACACAAGAACAGAAGAGGCUCUUUGGAGACAAAGGCUUUCAAUUUCCAUUAAUACAGAGAGAGCUCCGAAAGAAACAGUUACCCUGGAAAAUGAUCUUAACUUACGAACAAGCUGUUGCACGGGGAUUUUUCAACUACAUUGAAAGGCUCAAGUUUGAGAAAAGUCUCAAAGAGGCCUUGAGCCAACUAGAUACCGGGGAAGAUGUGGAUAAUGAAGAACUUCAUAUGCGCGGCUAUAGAUAUGUGGAUGACGAAGGAGCGAUUUCUCCUAUAGAGGAGUUGAAUGCGGAGGAUGGCGGUGACUCUGAUGAUCCAGAUCGAUGGGAUGCCAGGAUAGUGGAGAAUAGUUGUUUCAUAUUAAGUACUAAAUUCCCAAAGAAGGAAAAGGGGAAGAAGGUGGAAGUGGAGUGGCACGGGCCAGCUGCCCCAGAGGAGGAGAAAACCGUGCCCGGAGACAGAAGGUCCAAGGGAGGCGAGACGAGGGCGAAACCCACCCAGGAGCCGAAUGCACGGGAAACACCGCGUGUGCUGAGCGGCGAGGAAGUAGCCCCGAGCCAGAAGAAAAAGGAGGACCAGCCCGGAAUCCCAAGAGUAGAACCACAAGAGUUCCUUGAAGAGCAAGGAACAGUGCUUCCCAUGAAAGAUCCUAAAUCAGAUAUUCCUAUCGACGAAGAGGAAGUGCUCACUGAAAAACUAUCUGAGAAGGAAACACAGAUUAUGCCAAACGAGCGUAAGCCCACAGAUCAACCCGGGGUUCAGGCAACUCCGCUGAUGGAGGUGGAAAUUGCCCCAAGGAAAAAGAAAAGGCGAAACAAGGAGGAGACCAGAAGUAUUUGCGUAGGACAGGAUGAGCCAAUGGAAGGAGAAAACGCGAUCAUUCUAAGGAGGGCUGAAACUAAGACGGUACCUAAUGAAGAGGCGGACGCUUUGACCAGAAGCUCAGCGUCUCAGAAGGGAGCAGUGAUCUCAAGGAAGAAAAGGCUCAAAAGCAAACUUGUGGAUCAGUCAAAUGUAGAUGUGGAUGGAGAACAGGAGGUGCUAACAGGGGAAACAGACUCCAGGAGGAAGAAAAAGGAUUGUGGUUCUGGAGCUGUGUCCCCAGAACAGAUGGAAGAAGGUGAAACAUUGAUUGCCUUUUCUGGAGAGGAGGCAUCUUUAUUGAAAAGCCAACCUGAAACAAUCCCUCUUUGUAGAAGGAAGAGGUCCCUUGGUGAACCUGGAGAACUGCACAGGAAUGGAGCUGCAGAACAGAGUGUGCUAAGCGAGGAGCAUGGAGAAGUAAUACCCAAGAAGAAGAGAAAGAAGAAAAAAAAUUGGGAAGUGGGAGGUGCAUAUCCAGAACAGAUGGGAGAUAGAGAAACACUGAUGGCUCCCGAAAGGAUGGAAUCGAAGUUCAUGCUUGCUGGAGAGGAGGGAUUUUCGGUCAUAAACCAAAAUCCCGAGGAGAUCCCGCUCAUUAGACGGAAGAGGCCCCAUUCUGAACACAGAGAAUUCAUGCACUAUGAAGCGAUUUCAGAGGUGAGUGGAACUGCAGAACAGUGUGUGCUGAAUGAAGAGGACGUAGUACAAGUAGCACCCAAGAAGAAGAAAAAGAAGAAAAAAAAUCAGGAAGUGGGAGAUGAAGAAAUAGUGAUAGUUCCCCAAAGGAUGGAAUCGAAGUUCACGCUUACUGGAGAGGAGGAAUUUUUGGUCAUAAACCAACAGCCCGAGGAGACCCCUCUCAUUAGAAGGAAGGGGCUCCAUUCUGAACAUGGAGAACCGAAGCAGUAUGAGGCCAUCUCAGAGGUGAAUGGAGGUGCAGAACAGAGUGUGCUGAACGAGGGGGACGUAGCACCCAAGAAGAAAAAGAAGAAAAAAAAUCGGGAAGUGGGAGAUGUUUAUCCAGAACAGAUGGGAGAUGGAGAAAUAAUGACAGUUCCCAAAAGGGCGGAAUCCAAAAUGGUGCCAAAUGGAGAGGAGAGAUUUGUGGGGUUAAACCAGCAGCCUGAGGAGACCCCUCUUUUCGGAAGGAAGAAGUCCCUUUGUGAACCCGGAGAAGUGCAGGUGAACGGAGCUGCGGAACAGAGUGGGCCAAGUGUGGAGGAAGCACCCAGGAAGAAGAGAAAAAAGAAAAAAAAUCAGGAAGUAGGAGACGUGUAUACAGAACAGAUGGAAGAGGGGGAAACCCUGAGAGCUUCCCAAAAGAUAGAAUCCCAAAUGGUGCCAAAUGGAAAGGAGAGAUUUGUGUUGUUAAACCAGCAGCCUGAGGAGAGCCCUCUUUUUGGAAGGAAGAAGUCCCUUUGUGAACCCGAAGAAGUGCAGGUGAACGGAGCUGCGGAACAGAGUGGGCCAAGUGUGGAGGAAGCACCCAGGAAGAAGAGAAAAAAGAAAAAAAAUCAGGAUGUGAGAGAUGUGUAUACAGAACAGACGGAAGAGGGGGAAACCCUGAGAGCUUCCCAAAAGAUAGAAUCCAAAAUGGUGCCAAAUGGAGACGAGAGAUUGGUGGUGUUAAACCAACAGCCCGAGGAGACCCCACUUUUUGGAAGGAAGAAGUCCCUUUGUGAACCCAGAGAAGUGCAGGAGAAUGGAGCUGCAGAACAGAGUGGGCCAAGUGAGGAGCAACCCAGGAAGAAGAGAAAGAAGAAGAAUCGGGAAGUGGGAGGUGUGUAUACAGAACAGAUGGGAGAGGCAGAAACCCCCAUAGUUCCCAAGAGGAGGAAAUCCAAGACUGUGCCAACUGAAGAGGAGGGAUCACUGUUCAUAGACCAACAGUCUGAAGAGGCCCAUCUCUUACCUGGGGAACUCAUGCAGAAUAAAGCACUGACCGAGGCGAAUGGAGCUGCAGAACAGCGUGUGCCGAGACAGCAGGAAGCAGUAGCCAAGAAGAAGAAAAAGAGGCGGAAAACACAGGUAGACCAACCUGCAAAUUGCUGAGGGAAAGUUUGAUUACUCUCCAGGGACCUAAAUCCAAGAACACAUAUGGCUAGAACAGCAUGGGCAAACUGAGGAGGAAGGGGAAUCAAAAGGAUGUUGGAAGGCCACUGAUGCAGAGCAGUUUCCACAGAUUGAAGAAGCUGAACCUUACCAAGAGAGGGCCAGACUUAGAGAUGAGAUGUGACUAAAAAUGGAGAGCCCUCCAGAAGGGCACGUGCAAAGAGAAGAGACAGGUCUAAAGAAAUUGUAAAUUCAUAAGAAAGCAUGCAGAAAACACAAGGGCGGAGAAUCAGAAAUUUAAAAUCUGACAACCGAAAGGAAGAAACCCUCUAGAGAAAGGAAGCAGCAACAUCUAGAAAAGCCAAAAGUACAGGAAACAACCUCUUCAAAGAAAUGAAGACGAAGAAAAUGCAUUAAUUCAGUAUUUGCCUGUUAAGGAAUCAGAAACCGGAUGAUGUGAGAACCGAGGUUUGCUAAGAACUGCCGGCCGUUGAAGCUUGAAAGACCAGCACUGCAGCUGGCUUUAGAUGGAUUGAAUGAGAUUUGAGUUCAUUGCUAGUCGCAGAGGGUCAUUUGAUUCUAAUCAAGCUCAAGUUUGAAGACCAAAACAAUCUGUUACGUGGGACAGGUAUUUCAGUUCAGUGUUCGAGUACACCGGUAAUCUACUACUUGGUUAUAUACUGGAAUCCCUUGGAGAUGGCAGAGAGAUCGGAAGAAAGUAAACAAUGAUAUUUACAUCAGCUCAAAGCAUCUGAACCUGGCUGGAAAUGGAGUACUGUGGCAGGCUUGUGGACAAGUCAUGCUCCCCUGUGUGACGAACAUGGUGCUAGAGUUUCAAGGUCACCAGGGCUGGUGCGUUUGUAGAGAGCAUCCCAAACUCUUCGAUUAAUUAAUAAAAUUUAUUGUGUUGGUUAAAAUUUUA